AGUCUGGCAGAGAGCUUCUGACUGUGCACACUUCUGGUGGGAAGAUGAAGGUCUGGACCACGACCAUCCAUCCGAUCUGAUGGGAGUAUGGGAGGCAGGGAGCAGGGUCUUGUGGAGACCUUACUCAUUCCAGCCUGGCGCUUCAACCACCCAGGGGCAAAGCUGCCCUGCUUAAUGCUCACCUUGGCUGCUGUGGUCUUCCAGGCUGACCCUCCAAUCAUCACCCCGGGGCUCGGCAUGCAGUUCGGCGUGGAUCCCAGAGAUCAGGCCAGGCUCCUGCUGGGGCCGCAGAGCCACAUCACACAGGUCGGCCCUGUGGCCCAAGCGAUAGGUGCAGCCAGCCCCGGCGGGGGGGUGGAAGGUGUAGAGAUCACCGCCCCUGCCGUCCCCUAUGCGCAGCAGUUGGAAGCAGGGCAGCAUGGGCGGUGCCCCCUCUGCACCACCUCUUCCACUUCAGGCAUCCAUUUCCUUUCCCACUCCUGGGCCACGCACCGCUGGCUUAAGUUCGCUUCCCAGUCUGAUGCAAACUUGAGUUGUGCUGUAUGCGGUUUCAACUUUGAGCACACUACCUGAAUAGCCCAAAUUCAGAGUGCAAGCAGCCUAGGACUCAAUGCAAAAUUGGUUAAGCCGACUUGCAAAUGAAAAAUUCCAGGAAGGUCUCCGUGCAAUGCAAACUCAGGAACACGUCCUAUGGCACCUCACUUGAGCUGGAUCCUCAGAUCGCAAAAUAUUUGGGGAGCCUCCAAUCUGCAAGGGGAACAUAGAUGGCUGGAGACAGAAUCUAGAGCCUUCAAAUAAUGUGGAGAUGUUUCCACCUUCAGGUUCCACUGGGCUGAUUCCCCCCUCCCACUUUCAAGCUCGGCCCCUUUCAACUCUGCCAAGAAUGGCUCCCACCUGGCUCUCAGACAUUCCCCUGGUCCAACCCCCAGGCCAUCAAGAUGUCUCAGAGAGGCGGCUAGACACCCAGAGACCUCAAGUGACCAUGUGGGAACGGGAUGUUUCCAGUGACAGGCAGGAGCCAGGGCGGAGAGGCAGGUCCUGGGGGCUGGAGGGGUCACAGGCCCUGAGCCAGCAGGCUGAGGUGAUCGCUCGGCAGCUGCAAGAGCUGCGGCGGCUGGAGGAGGAGGUUCGGCUCCUGCGGGAGACCUCGCUGCAGCAGAAGAUGAGGCUAGAGGCCCAGGCCAUGGAGCUAGAGGCUCUGGCACGGGCGGAGAAGGCCGGCCGAGCUGAGGCUGAGGGCCUGCGUGCUGCUUUGGCUGGGGCUGAGGUUGUCCGGAAGAACUUGGAAGAGGGGAGCCAGCGGGAGCUGGAAGAGGUUCAGAGGCUGCACCAAGAGCAGCUGUCCUCUUUGACACAGGCUCACGAGGAGGCUCUUUCCAGUUUGACCAGCAAGGCUGAGGGCUUGGAGAAGUCUCUGAGUAGUCUGGAAACCAGAAGAGCAGGGGAAGCCAAGGAGCUGGCCGAGGCUCAGAGGGAGGCUGAGCUGCUUCGGAAGCAGCUGAGCAAGACCCAGGAAGACUUGGAGGCUCAGGUGACCCUGGUUGAGAAUCUAAGAAAAUAUGUUGGGGAACAAGUCCCUUCUGAGGUCCACAGCCAGACAUGGGAACUGGAGCGACAGAAGCUUCUGGAAACCAUGCAGCACUUGCAGGAGGACCGGGACAGCCUGCACGCCACCGUGGAGCUGCUGCAGGUGCGGGUGCAGAGCCUCACACACAUCCUCGCCCUGCAGGAGGAGGAGCUGACCAGGAAGGUACAACCCACAGAUUCCCUGGAGCCUGAGUUUACCAGGAAGUGCCAGUCCCUGCUGAACCGCUGGCGGGAGAAGGUGUUUGCCCUCAUGGUGCAGCUAAAGGCCCAGGAGCUGGAACACAGUGACUCUGUUAAGCAGCUGAAGGGACAGGUGGCCUCACUCCAGGAAAAAGUGACAUCCCAGAGCCAGGAGCAGGCCAUCCUGCAGCGAUCCCUGCAGGACAAAGCCGCAGAGGUGGAGGUGGAGCGGAUGGGUGCCAAGGGCCUGCAGUUGGAGCUGAGCCGUGCUCAGGAGGCCAGGCGUCGGUGGCAGCAGCAGACAGCCUCAGCUGAGGAGCAGCUGAGGCUUGUGGUCAAUGCUGUCAGCAGCUCUCAGAUCUGGCUCGAGACCACCAUGGCUAAGGUGGAAGAGGCUGCCGCCCAGCUUCCCAGCCUCAACAACCGACUCAGCUAUGCUGUCCGCAAGGUCCACACCAUUCGGGGCCUGAUUGCUCGAAAGCUUGCCCUUGCUCAGCUGCGCCAGGAGAGCUGUCCCCUGCCACCACCGGUCGCAGACGUGAGCCUUGAGUUGCAGCAGCUGCGGGAAGAACGGAACCGCCUGGAUGCAGAACUGCAGCUGAGUGCCCGCCUCAUCCAGCAGGAGGUGGGCCGGGCUCGGGAGCAAGGGGAGGCAGAGCGACAGCAGCUGAGCAAGGUGGCCCAGCAGCUGGAGCAGGAGCUGCAGCAGACCCAGGAGUCCCUGGCUAGCUUGGGGCUGCAGCUGGAGGUAGCACGCCAGGGCCAGCAGGAGAGCACAGAGGAGGCUGCCAGUCUGCGGCAGGAGCUGACCCAGCAGCAGGAACUCUACGGGCAAGCCCUGCAAGAGAAGGUGGCUGAAGUGGAAACUCGGCUGCGGGAGCAACUCUCAGACACUGAGAGGAGGCUGAACGAGGCUCGGAGGGAGCAUGCCAAGGCCGUGGUCUCCUUGCGCCAGAUUCAGCGCAGAGCCGCCCAGGAAAAGGAGCGGAGCCAGGAACUCAGGCGUCUGCAGGAGGAGGCCCGGAAGGAGGAGGGGCAGCGACUGGCCCGGCGCUUGCAGGAGCUAGAGAGGGAUAAGAACCUCAUGCUGGCCACCUUGCAGCAGGAAGGUCUCCUCUCCCGUUACAAGCAGCAGCGACUGUUGACAGUUCUUCCUUCCCUACUGGAUAAGAAGAAAUCUGUGGUGUCCAGCCCCAGGCCUCCAGAGUGUUCAGCAUCUGCACCUAUAGCAGCAGCAGUGCCCACCAGGGAGUCCAUAAAAGGGUCCCUCUCUGUCCUGCUCGAUGACCUGCAGGGCCUGAGUGAAGCCAUUUCCAAAGAGGAAGCUGUUUGUCAAGGAGACAACCUUGACAGAUGCUCCAGCUCCAAUCCCCAGAUGAGCAGCUAAGCAGCUGACAGUUGGAGGGAAAGCCAGCCUGGGGGCUGGGAGGAUCCUGGAGAAGUGGGUGGGGACAGACCAGCCCUUCCCCAUCCUGGGGUUGCCCUGGGGGAUACCAGCUGAGUCUGAAUUCUGCUCUAAAUAAAGACGACUACAGAAGGA